GUUUUUCGACAACGCGACAAAUACGAGGUACGACCACGAGUGAAUGGUAAUGAGUGGGUACUAGUCGUCAAAAAUGUUCAGGAGAAUGAUAUUGGUGGAUAUUCGUGUCAACUUAAUACGGAUCCAGUUCUCUCGAGGGUCGGUUUCCUGCAUUUGCGAGUUCCACCAUAUGUGGCCAGAACGACAGCAUCAGCUGUUGAGGUUCGUGAAGGGCACAACGUCACCCUGUCGUGUCGAGCUUUCGGAAAUCCGACACCGACCGUUAUUUGGAGGCGACAGGAUCGGCAAAUCAUCCGUUUCAAUGGUGCUACCGGUUACGGGGCGAGUGUCUUCAAUGGCACUGACUUGGUAUUAACCAAAGUGAGUCGUAAACAUAUGAGUGAAUACGUUUGCGUUGCAAGUAACGGCAUUCCACCGGAUGAAUCAUGGAGUGUUAAAUUGCAUGUGACAUUCGAGCCAAUCGUGAUACCGCAGUCGAAAGUUGUGAUCGCCUCUCGAGGUGCUCAAGCUAGGCUGGUUUGCAAUGUGGAAGCUUGGCCAAGGCCUACGAUGACUUGGGAAAAAGAUGGCGAAGAGCUGUUCGACUCCACUAACUAUGCAAUGUCGGAACAAGUAUCGGAAAAAUAUCGAAGUGUGCAUAUACUGACGAUCAAACAUUUGAGCGCAGAUCACUUUGGUACCUAUAGAUGUACAGCACUCAACGACAACGGCAUUCACUUCGCUGACAUCGUUCUGAAAGAAGGUCAAGGCUCGCCGCGCAGUAAUUUGGUACUCCUCACUGAAGGUUCUGGAUUAGACGAGGAUGCUGAGCAGUCUGACGACGGUGAUUCCGAUAAUGAGCCUGGCGAUGGUGACGAAGACGGUGACUAUGAGGAUUUAGAUUCAGAUGAUGGCUCAGAAGUAGAGACGACUGCACAAACGGAACGGUUGCCGACAACGUCAAGUAUCGCACCACCAAGUUAUUUUCGACGUCCUUAUAUACAUCCACGACAAGGAGGUGUGUAUGUGUAG